AAAACUUUUAUCUCUAUGAGAAUUAUUUUAUUUUUUGAAUAUUAUACGACGGUUGAGUAAUAAAUAUUUUGCUGUUUCAGCUCUAAUGUUUUGAUUUAAAAUAAUGGAAUUGUGAAAUAAAAUAGUCAACAUGUCGUUAACACAGUGGAAAAAAGUAGAAAAUGAGGCCGGGUAUCCGUGUUAUAUCGAUGAGGUGUCUGCUAAACAACAAUAUGAUCAUCCUGAGUUUCGGAAGAUUAUGGAGUCCCUUGAAGAAUAUGACGGGAUCAAAUAUAACGCUUAUCGUGUUGCAUUCAAGAUAUACGCUUUACAAAAACACCUGAGAGUGCCUCCUCUUCGGAUCAGUUCAGGAGUAUUUGCUAGGCACCAGCUCAGCCUAUCAGAAAGCAGCUUAUCUUUAGACACAGUAGAGCUGGAGUCUGUCCUGGCCGACAUUUACUUUGCAGCAGAAAAAGAAGGUUUAUUCACAGGAGAUAUAGAUUUAGCUGUGGACCUGUUGAUCAACCUGUUACUCAAUAUUUAUGAUAGUGAAAGAAAAGAACCAGUGCGAGUUCUAGCAGCAAAGACUUUACUUAUAAUUUUGAGUGAAGAGUCAGCUGCAGACAAAUGGGGAGCUCUGGCCAACUGUUGUAUGGACCAUAACGGGUGUGUGUCGCCCAAGAGACUAGCCGCUUUGUUAGCACAUGUGACAGCAUUGUCUGCAUACCUUGGAGUUGUUUGUGAUCAUGCCCAAGCUGAUGUGGAGGCUUGUUUUGACAAGAGUGCCGGCAUGCUCGGCGUGAGUGCUCGAGCAGUGUCGGAGUGGGGCGUGCAGAGCUGCAGUAGUGCGCGCUGGCUCCCCGUAGUGCAGCGUGUCGUGGCCAGCAGGAACAGUGCCAAUGUUACCGCCACAUGCGCUCAUUGUUCGCAACCUCUUAUACAGGUGCUAAAAUUCAAGUGCAGUAAAUGCAGUGACAUCUACUUCUGUGAGAAGUGCUAUUUGUAUGACAAGGACCUGACCACCGUCAGUGGACAUAAGAAGACUCAUCUUGUACAUGAGAUCAUGGAUGGACAGACGAAAACAUCAGAAUGUAUAAACUUCAUAAAGGGUAUGAAGAGACUAUUCUUCUGUACUAAAACAAAGAAGAAAGGGCCUAAGAAGGGUUCUAAGAAGAAUGUAGACAAUGUGGACAGUGGUACUGUGAGAAGAAGGAGAGAUGGCAAGCCUGUGAUAUUCACGUCCACAGUGGGCAAGGCAUCAGGCAACAGUGCCAAUAACCCCGCCAAUGUACUCAAUGAUAUUAUAACGCAGUUGGAAACGCAGCACAAAUCCCUCCAAGAGCUGUCGAGCAGGCUUGACAGGUUGUAUGGGACUGAGGCUGAUGCCAAGAACAAUGACAAUGAUGAGCUGCGGACUAAAGUGGAGGCGCACUGGGCUCACAUGUCCACACAGAUUAGCAGACUGAAGGCUUUGAAGGAAAACCUAUCAUCAAGCCAAACGAUAAUAGUAUCAGAAAACGCUCCGAAAACCGACAAAAUCGAACGACCGCAAGCAUUUGACCUAUUCAGUCCAAUACCAGUACUGGAAAACGAGAAACAGUCAAAAGUCACAGACAUUAAAAGCCAGCCGCGGGUACUAAGUCUGGAUUCUGGAAACUUCUCUGUGGUUUCUAAGCCAGAGAGUCAGAAUUUGCUGACCAUGUCCGGAGAUGCUCUGAAGCCUGUAGUCGUGCAUGCGACCUCCGACAGCAUAUCCACUGUGUCUAUGAAUGAUAUCAGCAAUUGGUAUAAUGAAACGGAAUCAAUACCCGAUAAAAGAGCGCGUAGCAAGGCUCGCCUAGCAGACACGACGAACCAGUCUCUAUCGGCUGCCGAGCAGAAGUUCGCGGCCGACAUACGACAUGUGGAGGACAGUAACGAUAAGAUGAAGGAACUCAAUGCCGACCUAGACACGGUACUCGAUAGACUGCAGCAAAUAUUGACUAAUAAUUUUGCUAUGGAUGACUCAUGCUUUGACAAUACUCAACUGCGGGAGACGGCGAACGAAAUGGAAGGUUUACUUGGCACUUUAAUACGAGGCGUGGAGCAGAGAGCCACACUGAACGCUACGAAAGGACUGGUAUAAGAUAUAGUAAUAUACAAAGUUAUCAACAUGCUAUGUAUGUAUGUAAUUUUAUAGUGAGAUAUUGAAAAAAUAUAGCGUCAUUUAUGCUGCUGAAAGUGAGUGAACAAGUUAUUGUAGAAAAUUGAUUUGAUAUUGCCAAUUUAGCUCAUUGGUACUUUUGAAAAUAUUAAUGAAUUUUAAAAUUUUGAUCCUUGACUCUAGUGCAGAUUAUAAAUGAAUCCAAGUACGAUGAUCCUACUCGCUUUGAGCAGUGGAAAUAGCGCAAGUAUAAAUUGAAUUAGCGCAAUAGCGCACUAUUUUGCGCAAUAGCGCAUUAUUUUGCGCAAGCUGCGGUUAAUGCACUGUUUUAAAAGGAAUUGAAUUGCACUGUUUUAUUUUGACUAUUUUUAUGUUUAGUUGUUCCCUAAACAUGCCUAAGUUAUGACCUACAACAAUAAUUUGUACAAGAUCAAGUUUUUCCUGCUACCUAUUCUGGCUCUUAUGUAAAAGAGAUAUGACCUAUUUUGCAAUAGCAAUAAGGACUAGUUGACAUGUUCAUUACACUAUUUGAAUUAUUCUUUGACAAAUUAAAAGGUUGCUACUUGAUACCUUAUAAUUAUGUAAACAAUGCAGGCCAUAUACGACUCUAAUAUUAUAGGAAUAAUUAUUAUUAUCGAAAAUUGUGUUCAUUGCUAAAGUAAGAUUCGCAAGCUAUGAUAUAAUUGGUUGUUAGUUUAUGUAUAAAAAAGAAUCUCAUUUAUGAAUCUCAGUGCCUUGGAAUUGUCAUAUUUUAGUUGUAUUUAAUAUAAACUAUUGGAUACCUAUUACCUACCUAAAAAGACUUAUGAAACAGUUCCUCUGUCACGCAAAUCUCAAUCUUAUGACCAUCCAUUUAAUUGAAUCUCAUGUUUAAUAAUGAAAUUAUUUAUAAGGUUUAAUGUCUAACAAAUAUAUAUGUUACAUUUACCCCCAGUUAACUUGGUAUGUUAUUUAAUUUUAAGAUAAUUCAGCCGUCCUUAAUUAUUUAAUAAAUUUUGGUGCUCAAUUUAUGAACUAUUUUAGGAAUCCCGUAUAAAAUAAAAAUGCAUAUUAGAAAAGUAACAUGCCAUAUAUUUUAUAAAAAAUUUACAUACAUUUUCGUGUUUAUUAAAUAGAAAAAAAUAAUAAUAUUGUCAUAUAAAUUAAACGUAAUGUUAAAACUAUUCUAGGAUUAAGUAAUAAUAAUAAUAAAUUGCUACAUUUCAUUUUGUGCGUUUAACAGGUAAAUAAAAAAUAUAUUAAUAAAAUAGAGCAAUCUAUUUAUAAUUCUCAUUACAAGUAAGCGUAUAUCACUGUCUUAGAAUAAAGAGAAACAUUGCAGACUGAUAGACGAGACCACACUUUGAAAAUAUUGAGCAAUUAAUUUAAAAAGUUGCAUAAAACCUUUUUGCAGCCUGUCAAAAAAGGCGCCAAUGUAUUGGCCAAUAAAAACAAAUGUCAAUUUCUGAACGAACUUGUAAGGUACUUGUUCACAGGCCCGCAUCGUACGCAUCCCACGCAAGGAAUUAUUGUUUGUCUUGUAUAGAAAGUCAUACAACUGCGUCCACUGAUCCGCAUCAUACGGACCGCAACAUCAGCAAUGCUUACAUGCGAUGCGUACUGAUGACGUCAUUUAGAAUGCGUACGAUGCUUGUGAUGCGGGCUUGCGGACCGCUUACCUUUAUAAAUGUCAUUUUCAAUGCUCAUUCUAAGUUUAAAUCUCGCGCCAUUCUUUUAUUAUGGGACAGGGAAGGAAUGUAAAGCAAAUGAACUAGCUUCUAUGGGAAUAUUCACGUUUCACACACGCACUGUUAACUCAAAACUUAAAGAAAUAGUGAUAUUUAUGUUAGCCAUUAUGUAAAAAAAGGUAUGACAAUGACAUUACAAUCUGCCGUCGCAGAUAACGUGCAUACUAAAACUAAACGCUCAAAUCUUUAUACAAAUUAUUCGUAAUAUAAUUAAAAAAAGUACAAAAAAGCAAUUAAAUUGCUCCGGCACAACCUUAUUACGUACUUAAAAUUAAUUAAAUUCAAUUUAUAUCGAAUCAUUUACAAUUAUAAGUUUAUGUAUAAAUGUUAGCGUAUUCUAUAGUAAUUAUAAUUAUAAUAUAAUAAAUGUUUUACGUGUCA